CCCCCGUGGUGGGUAAUAAUAAAGCUCCGCCCUCAGCCAGUCUGAACCGCAGGAGUCAGAGCUUCAACAGCAUCGACCGCAACAAACCCCUACAGUACUCCAGCGGGAAUGACCGGGAGUCGGUAAAGUCCGUCCCCUUGAUUGGUGGGAUGAAUGGCAGCGUUAGCGGUCAGCAAUUAGCAUCGGCCAUUCCCUCCCCAACGACAGGCCAAUCAUGGCGCAGCAAGUCCAUGAACAUGAAGCACAGUGCUACGUCGUCCAUGUUAGCCAGUAGUCCUGCCUCCUCACCUCCUCCGCCCACUUCAGAUAGGUCACGCCCAUCACUCCCUGAUGCCUCUAAGUCAGCACCAGGGAACCAGCGAUCGAUGCUGGAAAAGUUCAGACUGGUCAAUACACGGAUGGCUUUGCAGGAAGAGGACGAUCUGUCGGAGUAUGGAGAUGAUGGAGGGACAUGUCCCAAACCGCCAGGCAAGAUGCCCACACCAUCCCCUACACCUUCAAACAAGAACACAGCUAAUGCUAACACCACUACGACUAUUGCUGUUAACAAUAGCAAGAACGCUAGCAAAUCCUUGCCCCAACCCAAAGAUGACAAGAGUAAAAGCAAAAACAAAGCUAGCACACCGCCUAAAGAGGAAGUGACCUCAGAACCAGCUAAGAAAGCCUCCAAAAUCGCUAGUCUCAUCCCUAAAGGAGGGAAAACGACUGCAGCGAAAAAAGAGAGCGCACUUCCUGCUUCCAGCGGCAUCCCAAAACCUGGAGUGAAGACUCAAGCGGCUCCAACCAAACCUGCCGGGGAAAAGACAAAAAGCUCCAAAGGGAGCCAAGGGUACUACGCAGGGCGCCCUCUAGGGGGAGUGGAGGGCAAGAAGGGCAGCAUGGUGUCCUCCACUAGCACUUCCGCUCUAGCCGGGUCCACGGUUACUAACUCUGGAAGCGGAGGGGGCGGAGUCGUGGGGAGCAACGGAGCGGUUCAGUUACCACAGCAGCAGCAACACAACCACCCCAACACAGCGAUGGUGCCACCCUUCAUGUACAGGACGUGCUCAGAGAAUGACUGUACUGCAGUGGUUGUUCCUGAUUCCUCUCUUAGUCCUACUAAAGAGCUCGCCUACAACAAAACAGCCAAACAGUGCCUAGAGGAGAUCUCAGGUGAGGACCCUGAGGCGAGACGCAUGCGUACGGUAAAGAACAUCGCCGAUCUGAGACAGAACCUGGAAGAGACCAUGUCUAGUUUACGGGGGACGCAGAUCACACACAGCACUUUAGAGACAACCUUUGACUCUACGGUAACAACAGAAGUCAGUGGGCGUGGAUUGUCGACUCUUUCCACUCGGUCUGCCCCCAUGUCAUGGCGUCUUGGCCAAUCACAAUCACAGAGCCCUCGACUUCAGGCAGGUGAUGCCCCAUCCCAUCCUGGCAAUUAUGCUCCUCCUAGGUCUGUUCCUUCGGCUACCGGUCGCUAUGGUGAUCCCUCACGCCUGGUCUACACAGCACCACUGAGAAGGGCAGCAACUACAGUGGGCAAAAGUGUGGAGCUUGGAGAAAAGGAGGAGGGGCUAGAGGAGGAAGUGGGUGGAUAUAUGAGUGAUGGGGACAUACUAGCCAAAAAUGUACGAACUGAUGACAUGAGCAGCGGCUACGUAACAGAUGGAGGUGUGUAUUCUCGUAACGUGGGUCGUGUUCCUGACCUUCCAUCUGCACGAGAGCUCAUCCAACGGGUUAAAGAGGGAGAAGCUGACAGUUAUGAUGACAGUAGCUCGGUUAGCAGUGGUCUGAGUGACUCUCUUGAUGUUGGAGCUGAUGAUGUGCACACACUGAAUUCAUCACACAAGAGCAAGUCAAAGCAGCAGUGUAAUCAGAAUAGCAGUAGCUGGUGUGCUGCUGAAGAUUUGAAGAAGGUUGAUGAACAAAUUGAGAACAUCUUAGAUUCCUCCUCUCAAAUGGAAGGGGCAGGGCUUCCCGUGUCUCAGACAGGCUCAUGGAGGCGGGGCAUGAGCACACAAACGGGUAUCACCUCACCACGAAAUAAAAACAGCAACACGAACGUCAAAACACCAGCAGGUAAAACGGAUGACGCUAAGGCCUCAGAGAAGGUCAAGACUCCCUGUAAAUCUCCCAGCAUGCAGCGCUCUCCAUCAGAUGUGGGCAAAAACAGUGGCGAUGAGAGUAAAAAGUCUGGCAUCACCCGUCCACCGCCCACCACCGGCUCCUUUGGAUUCAAGAAGAUCCCAGCUGCUACAGAACUAGCAGCACCCAAGACUUUAUCAGCCAAAUCAGCUGGGAAAGUGGGUGGGACCACGUGUGUGGUGGGUGGGGCCAGGAAAACAAGCCUGGAUGGGUAUCGUCACCAUGACGACGGGGUCCUUUUGGGCAUUGGAGGGUCUAAAAUGCCCCUUCAGUAUCGCUCACUUCCACGGCCGUCUAAAUCCUACCGAUCCAUCGACUCUUCCACAGUGAAAGGGGGUGGGGUCGUGGCUGGAGGUGGGGCUGGACCUGGACCUGGACCUGGAGCUGGUGCUGGAACUGCAACUGGAACUGGAACAGUAAGUGGCAUUUCAAAAAGGAAGGACGGAGGGAAGACGGAGUCAGGGAGGUCGAGUCCAGUCAGCAUAAAUCAGACUGAUAAAGAGAAGGUUUCAGUGUCAGAGCAGGAGGGGGCAGCACUGAGCACAUCACCCAAAUCCAGCCCAACAUCCAGCCAAUCAGGACUCAGACAGCCUGGAUCCAAAUACCCAGACAUUGCCUCGCCCACCUUCCGCAGGUUAUUUGGCAGUAAGUGCAGCAACAGUAAGCCAAGCUCUCCCGACUCCUCUAAGUCCGCUCCCUUUGCCUCCCCCCUCGACUCCCCGGGCAGUGGAGGCAACAGAACGCCCGACUCUCUUUCUAACACCCGUCCCUUCCUCAGCAGCUCAUCUGCGGGCAGCAAAGAGACGCUGAGCAGCAUUCAUACCAGCUCACACACCAGCUUACACACCAGCUCACACACCAGCCUACACACCAGCUCGGAAUCCAUCGAGCUUCCUGCGCCACAUCAUCAACAUGCACCAAGGCUCAAAUCCACACUAUCCCAAGGCAUGACUCUUGACAGAAACACACUACCCAAAAAGGGAUUAAGACAUCCUCCUUCCUCCAGACAGAUGUCUCAUGAAGAAGGUAAAGAAUGGCUUCGUUCUCAUUCCACUGGAGGACUGCAGGACACGGGGAGUCCCCUGUCCCCCCCGACUGGGAAAUACCACUACAGCAACCUACUGAGCCCCACCGGUGCUAUGACUCGGUCUAACAGUAUUCCAGAUCAGGAGGCGUUUGAUCUGUAUGGAGACGGACGAGUGUUGUGUGGCAGUAACACAUCACUGGAGGAGCGACCGCGAGCCAUCAGUCGCUCCGGAUCAUUCCGUGACAGCACAGACGAAGUUCAUGGAUCGUCUCUGUCCCUGGUGUCCAGCACGUCAUCUCUGUACUCUGCUGUGUACGCCUACAUGGAAAAGACCGAGGAAAAAGCUCACUCUGAGCAAAUCAGAAAGCUGCGCCGGGAGCUGGACGCUUCUCAGGAAAAGGUCGCGACCUUGACAUCUCAGCUAUCAGCCAAUUCUCACCUGGUUGCAGCAUUUGAGAAGAGUUUGACAAACAUGACAUGUCGCUUACAGAGUCUCACCAUGACGGCGGAACAAAAGGAAUCAGAGUUGGCAGAGUUGAGGGAGACGAUCGAAGCUUUAAAGGCUCAAAACACAGACGCACAAACUGCCAUACAGGUGGCUCUGAAUGGACCUGAGCAUCUACACAAAGUUCGGCGUCAGCACUCCUCAGAAAGUGUGUCUAGCACUAACAGUGCAGUGAGUCACAGCAGCUUAAACAACAAAGACCCGGAUGACAAGAAAAAGAAGAAGAAGAGCUGGGGGAGGGACAGAGGACACAAGUUGCGCAGCUCCUUCAAACAAGCUUUUGGGAAGAAGAAAAGCUCAAAGCUUCAGACGUCUCAUGAUGAGCUUGAAGAAAUGACAGACUCGUCUGUUCCGGAAUCACCGAAACUGCAACACACACACACAGACGGCAGCACACAGGCCUUACACACAUCUUCAUCCACCACUGAUAAAUCAUCCCCCAUUUGGCUGCCAAAGAAAAGACAAAACGGCCAUGUCAUCUACAAACACAGAUCUCGGCUGUGUGAGUGUACCGAGGCCGAGGCAGAGAUCAUCCUGCAGCUGAAGAAUGAGCUGAGGGAGAAGGAGCUGAAACUCACUGACAUCCGACUGGAGGCUCUGAGUUCAGCACAUCACCUGGACCAGAUCAGAGAGGCCAUGAACCGCAUGCAGAAUGAGAUCGAGUUGCUGAAGGCGGAGAACGACAGAUUAAAGUCUAGUGGAAACUCCACCCCUUCUGCCGUAUCAUCCAAAACACCCCGCCCCCCAUCAGAGACCUCAAGUACCUCCUCCUCAUCUUCCCGCCAAUCACUGGGCCUGUCACUCAACAACCUCAACCUCACUGAGACUAUCAUGUCAGAUCUGCUGCUGGACGACGGCUACGAGGGAAACCUGCGUAAAGAGGGACGGAGCGUACGGAUCGUCGUCGCCGUCGCCGGGGGCUCCAACAGGACCAAGGGUUUACAGAGUCUGGAGUAUCUCAUCGGCUCCAUCGGCGUCAGCGGAAAAACAAAGUGGGACAUGUUGGAUAGCGUAAUACGGCGACUGUUCAAGGAGUACGUGUUCCGCGUGGAUCCUUUAACGAGUCUGGGCCUGACUUCGGACAGUAUAGUGAGCUACAGGAUGGGGGAAGUGGAGCGCUCUCACGUUUCUGAGCUUCCUGAGCUUCUGCCCUGUGGAUACCUGGUUGGAGAAAACAACAUUAUCAACAUCACACUCAAAGGUGUGAGGGAGAACAGUAUAGACAGCCUGGUGUUCGAUACGUUAAUCCCCAAACCGAUAAUCCAGCGUUACCUGAAUCUGCUGAUGGAGCAUCGCAGGAUCAUCCUGUCCGGCCCGAGCGGCACGGGAAAGACGUACCUCGCCAACAAACUGGCACAUUACAUCAUCAACAAGAGCGGGCGGGACGUGAACGAGUGCAGCCUUGCCUGCUUCAACGUGGACCAGAAAUCCAGCAAGGAUCUAUGUCAGUACCUCUCGGCUCUCGCUGAACGCUGUAACUGUGAUGAAGGCGAGCGAGAGCAUCAACUCCCCCUGGUGGUUCUGAUCGAUAACCUGCACCACGUCGGCAACCUGAGCGACAUCUUCAACGGCUUCCUCAACUGCAAAUACCACAAAUGCCCGUACGUAAUCGGGACAAUGAACCAGGGUGUCUCCUGUUCCCCAAACCUGGAACUGCACCAUAACUUCAGGUGGGUGUUGUGUGCGAAUCACACGGAACCGGUACGGGGCUUUCUGGGUCGGUUUCUGCGCAGGAAGCUGAUCGAGGUGGAGAUCGAUAAAAACACACGCAGUAACGAACUCAUCAAGAUCAUCGACUGGAUCCCAAAAACAUGGCAACACAUCAACUCCUUCCUGGAGGCUCACAGCUCAUCUGAUGUCACCAUCGGUCCCCGGUUGUUCCUGUCGUGUCCGAUGGAAGUUGAAGGUUCUCGUGUGUGGUUCACGGAUCUGUGGAAUUUCUCACUCGUGCCCUACUUACUGGAGGCAGUGAGGGAGGGGCUACAGCUCUAUGGUAAGAGAGCUGUGUGGGAGGAUCCCUGCAAGUGGGUGAUUGACAGCUCCCCAUGGAGCUCCGCCCCCCUGCAGCGUGACAGCCAAUCGCUGUUGCCGCUGCGCCCGGAGGACGUGGGCUACGAUGCAUUCAGCUCGUUUAAAGACGGAGCUUCACCGAAACAAUCGCACAAACACACAGCGCAGAGCGACAGCGAUGGAGACCCACUGAUGAAUAUGCUAAUGAGGCUACAGGAAGCUGCUAACUACUCCAGUGCCACUCAGAGCUGUGACAGUGACAGCGCCAGUCACCACGAUGACGUUCUAGACUCCUCCCUCGAGUCGGCCCUUUAAGCCCCACCCCCUCUGUGAGGAACCAGGAAGAGCUAGCUUUCUUCUAAUUGGAUGUCGGUGGCCGGAGAGGCCGAAUUAACACACACACUGGUGAAAUGUGCAAUUAGAAACGGAUUCCACUUGCAGCCAAAUUGUUGUUCACUGACAAACAAACAAACAAACAACUGGAAGUUUUGUUUCUUGUUUCUUUUUUUCAGUUAGCAUUAUCGUUGUUAAUUACACGAGCCGGACUGUUGUUUUUCCGUCGAGUUCUUCAACUCCGUGGUGCUGCUGUGGUGCCAAAAUCCGUUUACGUUUGUAUGCCAACAAGCACAAGCGGUCCUCGUCUCAUUUCCGCUACUGUGAAACCACUUCAUCAGCACGAGCGAGUUAAACGAUGAAGUGUUCGUCAUCAUUAACACCUGAACUGAAGCAUAACGCACAGCGGUGUUUUCACUUGCAUUCGACUGCCUGCAGUUCCCUUUUUAUCCAGCAGGAGCGCUGGAGUGCUGGAUGAUUAUUAUACAAAUUGGAACCUGGGGACGAGUCUGAUUAUGGUGCUUCUUUGCUGCCUUAAAUGUGCUGAGCGCUAGUGGACUUCUGCAAAGUUUAAGAAAAAAGUCUUUUUUCGGACAGGACGGAAAUGUAAAUCAAAUAAAUGCCACGUUUGCAUAUUUUAUUUUUGUUACCUCAUGAGAGAGUGUUGGAUUUCAGACGCAUCGGUAUAAAGCCCGGUGCGUGUGUAUAAUAAACCAGUAAUAUGGAAUUUAUGGAAUCCCAGUUGAGCUGGGACAAACUGAACUCUGAGGAUGAGCACAAAUAAGACAAGUUGCUUUGCUAGCAUGCUGUUUUUACUUCUGUCGUGUGUGUGUGUGUGUGUGUGUGUGUGUGUGUGUGUGUGUGUGUGUGUGUGUGUGUGAGUGUGAGGUUCAAAAUUUGAAGUCUUGCACAUUGUCACCGAUUCAUUCUACCGAAAGAAAAAAUUAAAUAUCGGGAAUUAUUCACUAGCAAAAAAAAAAAAAAAAAAAAAAAAAAAAAAAAGAAUUGUAAAGUUUAAUAUUCAUGCUAAUGCUAAAGCCUAAUGUUGAUAUAAAUCCACAGCCAGUGGAUGAACUAUGACGAUGAUCAAAGUUGUUUCGAGUAGAACCGUAAAAAUGUCACAAGCCUGUCUCACAUUAAACAGCGUUAAAGCACUUUUCGUUUAAAACACACUGUACAUGACGCCUUUUUUAAAAAUAUAUGUUUUUUUGUUUUUAUGGUUUUUAUGGUUAUGUGGCCAUGGCUUCAUUUUAUCAGGAAAAAUAAAUCUGAAUGGUUUAUAAAUGUAAAAAAAAAAAAUCUUUAUAGUUUAUGAAAAUGAUUUAUAAAUAAAAAAAUUAUCUUUACAGUUUAAGGUGCAGAAUUGUGUAAAAUCGGUGCUUUGUUAUUUCGGGAAAAAUUCACACUGCACGUUGAGCUCUACUUUACUAACACUAUAAAUGUAGAAAAUGUAAACAAAGGCAAAAUGAUGUUGAUGAUGACAACAUUCUUGAGUUUUCCCACAAGCCUAAAACAACCUGUUUAUUUACACUCCUGUGAAAUGUCUUGUUUUUUGAGGUGCCAUUACUUUUUGUAAAAACAAAAACUGUUUAGAAAGUAAACAUGACAAAUGUCUUAAAUGUAAACCGAGAAUAAAAUAAAAGCCUGUAAUGGAUCAGACGGAUACGCGACACCAAGAAAACGAACGAAGGUGCCAAUAAUUAAUUAUUCAAUAUAUUCACAGUAGAAAUAUUAUCACUACCUCAACAUUAACUCCACAUUAUUUAAAUUCAAAAUAUUUACAUAAAUGUCCGAUAAUUCUACUAAGAUAUCAACAACGAAUAAACGACAAAUAAACGUUAAUAUGGUUAAUAUGGUGGUAAAGGUGUAGGGAACUGACUUAUUUUACUACAAAUAUUUACAUUUUAUUUAAAACAACACAAAAAUAAUCACAGCUACACGAAAACGUCCAAAAUAUGUAGUUUAAAAAAAUUCUAAAAAAUGUCCUCCAGAUUUUCACGAGAGGAAAUUUAACUUCACAGCAUGUUGAGAAAAUACUGUAUUAAUAAAUAUAAAUAUAAAUUCUAUCGAUUAAAAAAAACAGUUUAAAGAAAAAAGAAUGCCUGUAAUAUUUCCCUGUUUUAAUAUAUAUAUAUAUAUUUUCCUUUUACACGGUGUUGAAAGAAGUACAAAGUUGAGGGGACAUUUAUAGUCAUUAGUAAAGGAACACGGUUUAUGAUCGCAACCAUCACAACUGUGGAAACAAAAUAGUGUAAAGUGUUAAAGUUGACUUAAUUUAUUUUAUUAUUUAGGGAAAAAAAAUGAGUGUGAAAAGCUGCCACGUGUUUAACAUGUUAACAUCCAGGAGGUUUAUUUCAUCUAAAGUGACUAAAAGGGGAAAAAAAAGGAAAAAAAAAAACAAAAGGUGUAAGCGGUGCUUUAAAAAAGAAAAUAAAUUGAAUGGAUUUUUAAUAAUAAUAAUAAUAAUAAUAAUAAUAAUAAUAAUAAUAAGUGUGUGUUAAGAUGUUAAAUGAGUGUCUCGUGCAGAAUCAGUAGUUUCUGAACUGCUGCUUGUCAGAAUUAGACGUAAAACCCCGAAUAGAUGUUUUUUUAAUAUUAGAACGUUUUGUUUUCUUUCACUUCCCCGGAUACGUUUACAAAAACUCUAAAGGUGCAGAGUACCGAAAUCCUCCAGGUGCUAAUGACCUUUGACCUUUCCCACAGUGCUGCUCCAGAACUUUAAUAUCUGUUAAACAUUCAGUUCAUUUCUCCUCGGCUGCAUUUCUGUGUGCGUGUGUGUGUGUGUGUGUGUGUGUGUGUGUGUGUGUGUGUGUGUGUGUUUGUGAUCUCUGCACAGGAAUGAAAUCAUUUUAAAUAGUUUUGUGUUAAAUUUCUAAAAAAUGAAUACAAAGGUGCAAAAUGAGGCGAAGCAUUCCUGCGUCCCUUUAUAAAUAUAAAUGUAAUAUUUAAGUUUUUCACAUUUUAACUUUCUUUAAUUCGUCUUUAACUGAAUCUUUUUAAUCACCAAAUUUCAUAUGAAGCAAAACAACAACAAUGAUGAAUAUAUUUUUUUUUAAAUCUGUGACUUAAAUUUGCACAAUUUUUUACAUAUUUUCCUUCAAGUUUUGUUCCCAAAAAAAUUAACUGCUAAAAGUUCGAGCGCCAAAAAACUGUUCCAAUAGUCCUAAACUUUUUUGUUUAACUUGAACUUUUUUUUUGAUUAAUUAAUUUGUGGUGUGUUUUUGUGGUUUUUUUUUUAAAGUUUGUAAAGUUUACGUUCUACUCAAAAUCUUUUUGCCAGAAUCCUAAACAGUGUUUUACUGAAACUAUUUGAAAUUUUAAAAGAAAAAUCAUGACUAUUCUUCCCCAGAAAGAAGUGAUAUCUUUUUCUUUUCUUUUUCUUUUUUUCUUUUAGGAAUGAGCAAACUCUAAAUGCGAUCCAACUUUAAUCUCAGCUGCUAAAUAAGGUCACCUUCAGGAGUUUAAGGAACCGAAAUGACAGGAAUGUGACGGUUAUUCGGUCGUUAUUGUAGAUUUAAAAACCAGCUGAAAGCACUUUACCACUGAAACUCACUUCAUAAAUUCCCAGCAUGCACUGCAAAGUCUUCAAUUCCUGUAAAAAUAAAGAAACCUAAGCUGCCAAAAAUGCUAAUGUUGAAUUGGAUUGGAUUUUGUUACCUUUGGUGACCUUUCCAACCUCCAACGGUUAAAAAUCAUUUUCUUCUUAUUUAUUAUCAAAUUUAAUCCCAUUUUCAAUCAUUCAGAUAUUCAGAUUAUUUCUGCUCCACAAAACCUGCAUUACAUUUUUGAAGUGUUAAAAGUCCAGUUUUGUCUAAUGUAUAAUAAUAAUAAUAAUAAUAAUAAUAAUAAUAAUAAUAAACAGGGGAGAAUUGCGCUUUAUGGAGCGUACUGAUCACAUGUCGAUGCUCUUAUUGUCUUGUUUUUUUUUCGUUUUGAUUUUGUUGUGUCGUUGCGACUGUUGCGAGUGUAACAUUUAUUGCAGUUUGUUUUCGGUGCGUAAAUGUUUUAUAUUUUGUACAUUUGUAAGUAACAUAUCAUGUAAAUAAUAAGAGACUGCGGUUUAAAAUCAUCUGGAGAAUUUUGUAGUCUUUGUAAAAUCAGAAUAAAUGGAGUUUGGUGUCACCUGAAA